UCUACUGUAACAGCUGCAAAUUGGUUGGGAACAACCAAGCUAGGUUGGCAAGGGUGGCCAACUUGGAUGGAUUGGUUGGGAAGGGACAAAUGUCAAAGUUGGGGUUCCUAUAGGGAGGGAAUCUUUGUGCUUAUGGGGUUUCCUUGGUUGGGGACUCUCUUGGGACCUUCCCUCUCGUCCCUCUCUUUCUAUCCCAACCUUUCUCUUGCUCCUCCAAUUCCUUCAAGCUGCGUUCGAGGCAUUAAAAACUCUUUUAAUGUCGCCACCAGUACUUCGCAUCGCUAACCCGGAAUGGCCCUUCGAAGUCAUCACCGACGCAAGUGACAUCGCCAUCAGAGCAGUGCUCAUGCAAGAUUUUGGCAAUGGUCUUCAACCAAUCACAUACGAGUCUCGGAAAAUGCAAUCUGCUGAGCACAACUACCCGGUACACGAUAAGGAGAUGCUGGCGAUUGUCCACGCGUUCAAAAUCUGGAGGUGCUACCUGACUGGCGCAGACGUGACGGUGCGAACCGAUGAUAAAUCUCUACAGUACCUGAGGGCGCAACCGAAUCUCAACCCGCGGCAGAUACGCUGGCUGGACUAUCUAGAGUCCAACUUCACAUACAGUUCACGUACAAAAAGGGCGCCAACAAUAUUGCCGAUGCCCUCUCCAGACCGUCUGCCCAACUCGCAGCACGGGACGGAUCGAAUUUGGGUCCCAAGUUAUCGUCUACUCCGUGAAUUACUAAUUCAAGAAGUCCACGAUUCGAAUUUAUCGGGACAUUUCGGGGUUGAUGAAACUCUGAAGGCGUUGCAGCGGUUUUAUUACUUGCCAGAUAUGGUGACGGACGUGCAGCGUUACGUGGCCGCGUGUCCGAUCUGCCAGCGAAUGAAAUCAUCACAUCAGAGACCGACAGGACUGUUGCAGCCCUUCGAGCCACCUCAACGCCCAUGGCAACACGUGACGAUGGAUUUCGUCACAGGUCUGCCGGCUCUAUCUAGCGGAAACGACGCAGUAUUGGCUGUCGUCCAUCGAUUGACGAAAAUGGAGCAUUUUGCACCAUGUCGUACAACCAUCAUAGCCGAAGAAACCGCGCGACUGUUCAUCUCGACUGUUGUUCACCUAUACGGGAUACCAGCAGCAAUCAUCAGCGAUCGGGAUACGAAGUUCACGUCGAAAUUUUGGCAGGACACGUGGGCUCGGUAUGGCACGCGCCUGCAAUUCUCAUCCACUUAUCAUCCCCAAACGGACGGUCAGACAGAAAGAACAAACCAAACGAUGGAACAGCUGAUUCGGACAAACUGCCCCGACCGAAACAAAUGGGAGGACGUGCUUCCCAUGUUGGAAUUCUCCUACAACAACGCGCCCUCAGCUACGACUAAUCACUCCCCGUUUUACCUCAAUUAUGGGAUGGACCCCAUAGUACCUAUCUCUACCAACGUUGAGAGUCAAUGAUUGGCCCCGGAUAUACGGCCACCAGC